AUGGCAUCCAACGGUAACGGAGCACCUGACGGCGAAAACCUGUACCACAUCCUCUUCUCAGUCUCCAACAGCCCUAAGGACGUCAACGAGGAGGUGGAAAAACUGCGUAUUUGCGGCACAUUCACAGACCUGAAAGCUGCCAAAGCCUCCGCACACAAGACCUUGUUCGAGGCUGGAUACGAGCAAGAAUGGUUCACCGAAUACGAUACCCAACCACAAGAGUUCGACAAGCACAACAUCAAGAGAACAACGGGUCUGUGCGUGUACGCAGUAGCUCCAGAUAAGACUGUCUUCCGCAUCAGUGUUGCAACAACACCAAACGUUCAAGGCUUCCAGGCAGCAGGAGGAGACCACAAGAUCCACUUCGAUUUAUACCAUGUGGUCCAGACCAAUGUCGAGUACAGCGAAGAUGAGAGCGGUCUGGCGAGAGAGACUAAUGUCGAAGGCUCAUUCAAGACCUACGAAGAAGCGAGGAAAUUCGCCAGCGAAGUCCUUCUUGCUCCGGAGGAUGGUGUGACGAAGGAAUCUUUCGAGCAGUAUGAUGAGGCUGGCCCCAAUGAGAAGGAUUGCGGAUUUGGCGAAAAUGUGAUAGUACAUGCCGUUGGGCAGAACGGCGAGAACAUCUUGGUUAGUGUGCUGAAGGGGCAAGAAAUGGAGUCGGUGAGGCUAGCGGAGGCGGCCAUGAGAAUUCGUUCGUUCACUUGA